GAUUGGAUUGAAUUUGGGAUCCAAAUUGAAGAAGAAAAUGGCACUCUGUCCCUUGUCUUUUCUCUCCAACCUCUCCGUUGUCUUUUCUGACUCUCUCUUUCUAUCUCCUCUUCAAAUUCCACAAACAUAGCAAAACGUCAAACGAGGAAUCUCUCUCUCUAACAGGAAAGAACAUUAUUUUGAAGGGCACUUUGAAGCUUCUUGUUGGAAAACUUAACAAACGAAAAAGCCGGAAGAGAAGCGAACAGAACAAAAUCGUGCGGCGAUAUGAGGGCGUCGUUGGCCUUGUUCCUUGCGUCGCUCUUGUUGCUGUUAACGCUCUCCCAUGGCUUAUUGCCAUCUCGAAUACUUCAGCGGAUGACCAGCAGUAGCAAUUACUUGACCAAUGAUCAACUCUGGUUCAAUCAGACUCUCGAUCACUUCUCCCCAUAUGAUCAUCGUCAAUUUGGGCAGCGGUACUAUGAAUAUCUGGACGACUUUCGGUUGCCUGAUGGACCCAUUUUCCUGAAAAUCUGUGGUGAAUCUGCGUGUAAUGGGAUAUCAAAUGACUAUAUCAGCGUUUUGGCAAAGAAGUUUGGAGCUGCUGUGGUUUCUCUUGAGCAUCGCUACUAUGGGAAGAGUUCCCCCUUUAAAUCAAUGACUACGGAGAAUCUGAAAUACCUUUCAUCAAAGCAGGCACUUUUUGACUUGGCUGUCUUCCAACAAUAUUACCAGGAAUCUUUAAACGCGAAGCUCAACAGGUCAAAUGUUGAAAGUCCUUGGUUUGUUUUUGGCGUUUCAUAUCCUGGAGCUCUUAGUGCAUGGUUCCGUCUGAAGUUUCCUCACCUAACAUGUGGAAGUCUUGCAAGUUCUGCAGUUGUUCUAGCUGUUUACAACUUCACUGAAUUUGACCAGCAGAUUGGUGAGUCUGCAGGUCCAGAAUGUAAAGCUGUGUUACAAGAAGUUAAUCAACUUGUUGAACAAAGGCUUUCAUCAAAUGCAAAAGAACUGAAGACACUUUUUGAUGCAGAUGAGUUAAAGAUUGAUGGUGAUUUUCUGUAUUUUCUAGCGGAUGCUGCAGCUAUAGCGUUUCAAUACGGAAAUCCUGAUAAACUAUGUUCCCCUCUUAUUGAUGCCAAGAAGGCUGGGGAGGAUUUGUUGAAUGCAUAUGCCACGUAUGUAAAGGAGUAUUACGUUGGGAGUUUUGGUGCCAGUGUUCAAGCAUAUAACCAGCAACAUCUGAAAAACACUGCUCUCACUGGUGACACUGCUGAUCGGUUGUGGUGGUUCCAAGUUUGUACUGAGGUUGCAUAUUUUCAGGUGGCACCUGCGAAUGACAGUAUCCGCUCUUCAAAAGUUGACACAAGAUACCAUUUGGACCUUUGCAAAAAUGUCUUUGGAGAUGGAAUAUAUCCUGAUGUCGAUGCUACAAAUAUAUAUUAUGGCGGCACACGAAUUGCAGGUUCGAAGAUAGUCUUUACCAAUGGCUCCCAGGAUCCCUGGCGACAUGCAUCCAAACAGUUUUCCUCCCCAGAGAUGCCAUCUUAUAUCAUUUCUUGUCAUAAUUGUGGCCAUGGAACUGAUCUGCGAGGUUGCCCUCAGACUCCUUUAGUCCCUGAAGGCAAUGCCCAGAAUUGCAGCUCCCCUGAUGCAGUUCACAAAGUUAGGCAACAAAUCAUAGAUCAAAUAGACCUGUGGCUAUCUCAGUGCCAACCUACUGGUCGGCAUUCUAUAUGAUGAGGUUGUGGUGGAGAGGCGUAUAACUGCUGUGAGACGAUGUCUAAUUAACUUCAUUUACGUGUAUCACCUUUUCAACAGAUGUAUAUAUUGCUAAAUAUGGCCUUUAUAUCGUAUUAUAUUGUGUAUAAUGGUCAUACAAAUUCCAAACAGUGAAUAUUAUGUAUCAUCAUGCUUUCGCAUGUGCUUACUGUCUUAUUUUUGUAUAAUGGCAAAAUAUCAGACAAUUAUCUCUGUCAUCCUCUGG